AUGAAAAUGGCGAAAAUAAUUGAUAAAAAAACCGAGCGAAACGAAACGCAGUGUCGUCUGGUAUUUUAUGGGAUCUAUUUUAGUUUCGCUGCCAUAUUUAGGAUGCUUCCAAUUGCGGUGGCGCUGGGCACGAAACUGUCUGAAUUUUGUGCAUCUCAGACGCCGCAGAACAAAUGCGUAGGUGUGAACAAGACGGACGGUUAUCGCGUGGCAUGCAGUGGUGGUUUUCACGAGGAUUACUUACCCGAAGAGUGAGUAAGUCGGAUUUUGGUUAUUGUUGGGACGUGCUUACAUAAAAUAUUAUGAAAUGUUUUUUACCAGAAAUUUUGCUCUAAUAAAAAUGAUAAGAUAUCAUUUUCGUUGCAUUAUUGAUCUAUUACAUUUUGUUAUUUUCUUGGUAGUUUUUGUAAUAAUUAAUGUAAUAAAAUAAAAACUUUGCUAGUAUUUCUUUAUUUUAAAUUUUUACGUUUUGUUCCUUUUAAUAUAUAUCCAAUGACAAAGGAAGACGUUUUUUUAGCCCCUCUUAUAAUUUUUUCGAGCUUUAUUUUAUUAUUAACCAUUUUUAAAACUGAAGAACCUGUAUUUGAUUAUAGUACGAGUAUAAUAGAUACAUGACUAUUGACACAGUUGAACGUAUAGAACUAUAAGUCUAUAACUAUACUUCAAAGAAUCACCAUUUGAGAUUUACCAUUUCACACGUAAUUAGUAAAUUGUUAGAUGAAAGUUGUUGACCAUUUUUAUUACCUCGAAAAUGUUUUCUGAGAAAAAACAACCAGAUAAUACUAUAUAAUAAUACACUUGUUUAUUAUUGUAUGCACUUUUAAAACAAAUACACUUUCUCACUUUUCAUUUAAAAUGGUAUAGGUGGGUGUAAAAAAAGAACAAUAUAAAAGCAAUAAAUAAGCUCUUUACUGCAAAAUUUAUGAAAUAUUCAAAAAUAUGCACAUUCAAAUUUUAGGUUUGGUAUUAUGGCAACGAGAAAUGAAUUUUUAUUGUACACUGCUAUAUUUUCAACAAAUAACAAAAGUAUGCAAAUGCUUUAAGUCCCAAACCCUGUAAAUAAGUAACUUGAUAUAUUUAUAUUUUAAAAUUUAUUAUAAAUUCAUAUUUAAAUUUUUUUAAUAAUUUUGUAAAACCGAGAAAUACGUGAGAAGCUUAGGGCAUUAAUAGUUUUAUUUUUUUUCAUUUGGUUUUUAUGAUGUAAUUCGGUUAAAAAAGAAGUUAAAAAGGUUAAAAAGAAUCGUAAAGACCUGAUAUUUUCACAGAAUACUUAUCUAGGCCUUUUCUAGACGUGGUAUAGUGUUCAAAAUAUUCUAAAAAUUGUCUAACUAUUUUCAGGCAUUUGGUAUUUCCGUGUUUUUAGUUUUUAUUUGAUAGGUAUUAUGUGUAUAAAAUUGUUUGAUUGAACAGAAAUAUGAGUACUUGAGAAUUGAAUACGAGGUUCAUUAAAAGUUAUACUUAGUAGUCAAAAAAAAAAAGUAGAGCGUAAUGUAUAGUAGUUUUAUAAAUAGAGUUUUAAGAUCAAAUUUUGACGAAAGUGCUUUAAUUACGGUAUUUCAAAAGAUUUAUAACCGAACAUCGUUCAGAAUUGUUUUUUGUCAGCAAUGGUUUAUUGUUGCGUAUUAAUAUAAAUUAAAUAACUUUAUGUAUCCCACCUUCAUAACUUCCCACCUACAACAUGGGUACAUUAUCCUCAGUAUCAGAUCUUUUUUUUUAUGUCUGUUGUAUUUUAGCAGCUCCUUUUUCUGCAUCAAAUAAGCUCAAACUUGGGAAUUGUUUAGUAGGUGGUUUAAAGGUGAUAAGAGUUGGAUUAAGUUUCAAUAUGAAUUAAACGAUCCUGAAUGUGUUUUUUUUUUGUUUUGUACACUAAACGAAGCGAGGGGAAUGCAAUUUUUUACAUGUAUAACGUAGUUGUUAUCAAUCAUCAAUUAAUUUCGCAAUUUUUUUUUUUUUUUUGUAAGUAGUACGUAUAUAUGUGUAUUUGGUUGUUUAUUGUUUUACAAAGAAUAUGAUUACUUAUUAUACAAAAUAGUUGAGGAAAAUUAUACUUUAGUCACUAAGUAUAAUGACUAGAGUCUAGUGACUCUAGCUCUAAGGGGCUCUACUGCUUAGGGGUGUUUUUUUUUUUAUAUAAUAUAUAUAUUAUUGCGUUAUAAUAAUAAUAAUAUAAUUAAUUAAUUCUUGAAUUAUUGAAAUACAUAUUACAACAUCCUUCGUUUGUAUCAAUAGUUAUCCGCAAUUGCAAUCACUUAUGCUGUGCCACUUGCCGACAGACUAUUUCGACCCGACCGAGUCGUUGCAGCCGUACUCAAAACUCGUCAAGUUGACAGUCACCAAUAGCAAGAUCAAAGAAAUUAUCGGAGAAUUUCCGGAGUUUUUGCAAAACUUGAAGGUAACAAGACUUAUAGUUAAUUCUCGAGUUUACAAUAUUAAAAUACAUAAUCAUAGUGCUGCUUCUGUAGCAGUGUGUGUUUUCGAGUUUUAAAACUUUGAAAUUAGUUUAGAAGUUAAGAAGCUUGAUUAAGUACCGAAUAACUAUUUUCUAUAAAAUUGUAUUCCUUAAAUUAAAAUACCUUUAAGGAUUAUGGAUAGGUAUAUUAAGUGUUAUACUUAUCUAUAUGUAAUGUUUAUUCUGAAAAAAAUAUGUCUAUGUCCUUAGUGACACCUGGAGGUCAUAAAUUAAAAUACAAAAUUGAAGCUGUUUCCCCAGAAGUUUAAACAUCCUGAACAAUUAUGUAAGGUCUAAAAAAAAAACCGUUUUCGUUGUACGCGAUUUCGUAAAAUUAAAAAAGAAUUCUAUACAAAUCAUAUUGAUGUAAUGGAAAGAUAGUGAUAUGUGGUUCUUUUAAAAUUAUACGUAGUUGUUGAUAAUACACUUAAUAAUAAAAUGUUGUAAAAACAUAAUAAAACUACUUUUUAUUGCACUUGUCCUUCGGGUGGCCAAACUCUUUUUGGAAGCUUCUGAUAUCGCGUUCUCAAAAAGUCUCGCAUUGUGAAAUUAAUAACAGCCAUGUAGUUGCACCAAUGAGACUUCUAGAAAUAAAAAAUACCUGAAAAAUAAAUAUUAUUUUUGUAAAAAUUGCGUAGAUAGAUAAUGUUUUUUUUUUUCGUGGCGUAGUUAGGUAUAUUACGUCCUAACUUAAAUAUAAUUUUUAAAUAAUAUGCUUAUGUCAUUUGGAUGCAUACAUAAUAUAAAUUAAUGACAGAAUUAAAAAGUGAUUAAAAGAUUUAUUCUAAUUUAAAUUUUAACAACUUUGAAAUCAAUAAUCUUGCUCUAAUAUCAUUAACAUAAGUUCUGAUUUAAGGUUUAAAAAAUGUUGUCUAAUUGGUAUAUUCAAAUUCUAAUGUAUAACUAUUAAUCUUUUAGAUUUGGAGCGUAGCGAAGGAUCUAUUGAUUUUACUAUGAUGCGUGUAUUAUUUUUUGGGCCUGUAAACAACUUUUCGAAAAUAAAUCUUGCUCCGAUGUAUAGAGUACAGUAUAUUUUCUGAAAGGAAAUGUUCUCUGAUUUGUGUAUUAGAGUGGACAUUUUUGAUUUUCAAUGGAGUUUUCAAAGUAAUUACGAAAAAUCCGGAAGAAAAUUUUAGAUGAAACGACAAAUAUUUACGGCGCGCCUCGGCGUAACCGUUUUCAUUGUUUUAAAUUUUUGUUCACGAUGUUUUUUACUCAAACUAUUGUUCCAAUCGACAAAUGAUAAGAGAUCGAUUAUCUUUCUUUUAAGUUGAACGUUUAUUGACAAUUACAUUUUUUGAUAGUUCAAUUAUUACGAGUUAUUUUCAAAUUUUAUUUCCUAAUUGCUGAUCGAUGAACGUUAUCGUUAUUUCUUAUUUUCAUUGAUAUUUAUUAUUUUUAUUGAUUGGUGAGAUUGUCGCUGUAUUCGAUACAGGUUCGCAAUACGUCGUGUAUAACUAUUAAAAGUACAAUCAUCGCACAAAUCGUAAAAAUUACGGGAUUUCUAAUUAUGUCUUACCGAACUUGUAUUUUAUUCGUGUCAGAACAUAGGUAUGCACAACCAUGGAAGAUUUUUACCUACUAUAUCUCGAGUGGGAACUUACAUUUUCCAAAAUUUAACCAUGUUGUUAAGAAUGAGGUGGAAGGUGUUUUUGUUUAGUUUUAUACAACCAUUCAAAUGUAGCUACGGGGAUGCAAUUUUGUACAUGCAUAAUUUUUGUACCAGAAUGUACCAUUGCCAUGUGAUUUUAAAUUUCAAACACCACCCUUAAUAGUGAUGGAGAUUCGCUGUUCACCGGUGUUUCUUUCUUUUUUUUUUUUUUUUUUAUAAUAUAACUAUAUUGAGUUUUUAAACUUUAAUCGAAAUAACUUCGUUUGUCCAACAUUGGGGCUAUGCUAUCUGCGUGAAAUGGCGUGCUACUGUCAUCCGUCAAACGUAAUAUUUACAAUAUUAUAUUUGUAUACGUUUUUAAUAAUUAAAGUCGGUCGUAAAAAGUCGUUUAAAAAUUGUAAUUCAUUGCAAAUCUGACAUCAUCGUCGUCGCCGUCGUCGUCGGUAUAGAUGCAACAACAUUACUGAACAAAACGGAAAAGCAUUUUUAACGUGACGAAUUAUUAUGUAGAUCGUUACGUAGACCGUAAAAAAACUUUUUUUUACCCGUCACUCUCUCAGGCAUACUGCAGUCAAUUUUAUCGACGAUUCGAAUAUACAGCAGAUCGUCCGUUAAAAACGUCAAGCUUAUUUUUUUUUGUCCUUAUUAUACGAUUACGCUCGUUGACAACGAGAUUUUUCGUACCGUUUUUGUACAUAAAGAAUCGAAUAUUUAGAGAAUAUUAUAAAACGCCGAUGAGGUUUAAACCCCCAAAGCCUUCCUCCUGCAUUUGUCACUACUCUCCCCUCAACAAAAUAUGAUGAAUGCAAUGUAAACAGAUAAUACAUAUAUGUAUAUAAAAUAUUAAUAUAAAAGAUAUAGGGUAAAUAAAAAUAAAAAUACUAUACCAAAUAACGAGAAGAGAUUGUUUUAAGCAAAAUGUAAAAAUUAACAUCAAGAGUUUAAAAAUUAUUUGAACUAGUAUUUUUUUUUUUAAUAAUAGUGCUUUUAAUUUUUUUUUGUGAAAAGAUAAUCAUUCAAAAACUUAUAUUUUAUACUAUACUAUUUUUUAUUUAUAUUUAUAAAUACUUUUUGUUUAUUUAUGUCAUAAUGACGCACAUAUAAGUAGAGAUUAGAUAUCUUUAUUUUUUGGAGGGGAGGGGCUUAAAUUAGACUUACUAUAUAAAUUACCGGAAGAUUUAAAUGAUUGUCUAUAUUAGAAUAUUGUGAUAUGAUUACUUCGUUUUAGAUUUGAAGCGAAUCAAAGGAUCUAUUGGUUUUACUAUGAUGAGUGUAUUUUUUUCAUUUUUGUGCCUAAGAGCAAAUUUUCUCCCAGAAACUUUGCUUCGAUGUAUCAAGUAUAGUACCUAUACUGAAAGAAAAUUUUUCCUAGUUGACGCAUUGGGGAAGGUUUUGAUUAUCCAAGGGGUUUUCAAAAUAACUGGAGUAAUACCGGAAAAAAAUUAUCAGAAGCAAAUAUUUACGGCGUACCGGAAGUUAUCGACUUCGUUAUUUUAAUUCUUAUACAAACUAUGUUUUCUACCAGAAAUAUUUCUUUCAUCAAAUAUGUCAAGAAAUCUUUUUUGUUAAAUUUUAGAUCUUAUUGCCAAGAAAUUAAGUUAUUAUUUAUUUUCACAGUAGUUUUCAUAAUAAUUGGGAAAAACCGUAAAAAAAAAAAAACGAAAAAUGCAAACGAACAAUUUUGUUUUAUAUUACUGUGUACGAUUUUAUUAUUUUAAAUUUGUAUGCACGAUGUUUCUACUAAAAAUAUUGCUCCAAUAAAACAAAAAUAAGAGACUUUUUUUGUUAAAUUUUUAAUUUUGCUGUUGAAUGAGAAAGUUGUGUCUUGAUUUUAUCUAUAGUUUUAUUUUUUUAAUAACUGUGAAAAACCAGAGAAAAACAUAGAAAGAACGGGAAAGUUUACAAAAAUAAUGUUUUCAUUAUUUUCAAUUUUUCUUUUUUUGUUGUAAUUUAGUGAAAAAUAUUCGUAGACUUGAUAUUUUGAGAGAAAUCUUACAUUUGCUUUUUAUAGACGUCGUAAAAUUUUUAGAAAAUUUGAGCUAUUUUUAAGCUAUUUAUAGAUAUUUUAAUUUUGAGAGUUUUUAUUAAUAUUUAUUUGGUAGGUAUUCUAUAGAUACAAUUGUUAGACCAAACAGAAAUGCUUGACAAUUAAACAGCAGGUUCAUGAAAAGUUGUGCUUAUUGAUCAACAGGAAAUGUUGAGUUAAAUGUAGAAUUUUUUUUUUUUCACAAGAAUUUUAACAUCAAAAUUUGACAAAAAUCGUAAAUAUUACGGCCUUUUAAACAUGUGUAACCAAACUUCGCUCAGAAUCGUUUUUCGUUAGCAAAUAUUAAUCGUUGCGUACAUAUAAACAUUCAAUUUCCUUCUAUAUCUUACCUUUCUAACUAUGUCGGUAUUUUUUUCAGUUCAAUCUGAAACAUUUCGUGGUAGAAAAAAAAUGAAGCUCACCUGCAUGCGCAUAUUAUAAUAUUAUAAUAAAUAAAUCGUUUUCGAAUAAAAAAUAUGUAAACAAAAUUAAAUUUCGUUACGUUUCGAAAAAAAUGCAGUGUCGUCGGUUUUUGAAAUAUAAUAUUAUGUAAAUGUGUUUAAAAAAAAAAAAAAUGUAUGUAAUAAGUACAUAGUGAUGAGAUUUUCCUUCGCAAAUUCUUAUAGAAAAUUAUGCCGUAUUGAUGGUUCGAGGAUGUUCCUUUUCCCGUAUAUGAAACCUUUAAUGCAUCAAAAUCGUCAAAAAUGAUACAGUAAUAAUAUUACAUUUCCCAGACAGAAAUUUUAAACGGAACUCAGUGUGCGUCUUAUUAUUAUUAUCUUUUCGAGCUGAUUAUUGUCAUUAGGGAGAGAAAAAAAUAAUACCUACUAAAUCCGUUGAUAUGAACGAACGCUGAUGAAAUUGACACCCUUCACUUGAGCUAUUGACAAUAAUAAUAUUUUGCAACCAAUUUUUAAAAAUUUGUAACGCCAAUUUUGACAUUUGUAACACUACCUUUAUCAGGAAAAUAAAGGGAUUACAUUUUCUUUGCACCACGCCCUUUUUUUUCUAUAGAUUCGAUAUACUUUUAUAUAUUACAACACAUUUGUACAAUUUUGCAUCAUCAAUUUAAAAAUUUACUUCUUAACAUCGAAUACAUGAAAAAUAAUUUUACUUUAAGAAUGCCAAAUUUCCGAUGCUGUUUAUUUAAUUGACUACAAUCUACCUUAGCACUUUGUAUCAAUUUUUAAAUGGUCUAACUGUUAGAUAAUAUUUUUAAUGAGUGAAAAUAAAAAUAUUUAUGAGCAAAUUACUAUCAUAUAAAAUUCUGAUCACUUAGCUCUAAUAUAAUAAGAAAAACAAUAUUAUUAAUGAACACGAUAAAUGGCAAUAGUCUCCAUUGUACAAAUAACAUUAUAAUCAUAUAUUUUAUGGGCGGUGUUGCUAAUUUCAAAAUUGUCGUUGCAAAUUAUUGAAAAUCAGUUGCAAAAUAACGGUAUUGGUUGGAAAUCGAUGACAUCAAAUGGGGAUGCCGAGCUGGUUAGGUUUGGUAACUGUCAAUUUCACAAACGUUACAAACGAAUAAAUGUAUAGGUAACAUUUAAAAAAAAUGUGGCUAUUAUAUUUAUACGCUUUGCAGAAAGCGAAUUAUUAUUUUAGAGGUAUAUAUAUGACCUGAAAUUUUUAAUAUUGUUGAAUGUUGUUAUAUUUUUUAUUAUUUUAAAAGGUAAAUAUAAUCCUUAGACUUCCUUUCACCACCACUAGACGUCUACAUUUAUUAAGUAUGUAUAUUUUGAGAGUGAAUUUAAAUUUUGUUGAAUUUUCAUUUUAUUCAAAAUUGUCGUUCAAAUAAUUGCUUGUAUUCAAAACUUCUUAAAUACUGGGCGUUUCCGAUGCUCUCUUAAUAUCUUUCUCGUUAGGCCGAGUUUAAAAUUCAAUCGUACGUGGGAGAGACUGGCACGGAGCCAGUCUAAUUUAUAUCAUUUGAAUAACGAUGUUCUUCGUUAUUAUACAAUUCAAAAUUAAUUUAUCAAUCUUGUAUACAACUAUUAUUUAUUACAAAAAAAUAAAUGAUUUUGUUUUAUAUAAGUUAUUAAACAUAAAGUAUAGCACAUAUUAUAGAAACACGUUUUUUUUAAAUUCUGAUCAAAACGAGGAUUAGGAAUAUGAAUUAGUUUUAGAAAACUAAAAAAAUAUUUACACAAUUACGGUUUCUGUUUUUUUUUUUUUUUAUAUAUAUUUUAGUGAAAAAUAAUAGCAGGGACAAGAAUUCAUGAUUGCGCUACUAUCAUGAACUAUCAUUUUGCGAAUAGGGCGUUAGUACCUAACUAUCAAACUAUUAUUGUAGAAGUAACUAAAUUAUAUACGAUCAUGCAUCAUGCAUAAUAAUUGACAGUUACUAUAGUGAGAGCGAUAGUAACUAUCGUUAUAUGUACACAUACUAUCGUUCUAUUUUAGUGCUGUAUCGCACUUUCGCACACUGGUACGUUUCUAUCGAAACCCACUUUACCACAUCGUGUCUUCUACUAUAAUGAUCUGUGUGAUAGUUAUAAUACCACUUGUGUUACACCAGCCAUCACAAUAGUAACUGAUUUUGCGUUUAUCAAUUAUUUAUUGUGCUCGUCUUGAUACUUGAAUACAUAUUUUACUUUUUAUUAUUUCCAUUUGAAAAUCGGCGCUUUUGAAUACCUAAUUGUUUACAAACAGUAUAUUAUCUGCUUGCUAAAAUUUUAAAUUAAAAAUAAUGUAAGUAGGUGGGUUCCUACUUAUAUACACAUUGUUGGUAGGUAGUUAUAUCUACUCUCAUCUUAUCUCAUUAAUUCUUGAAAAAUAUAAAGACAAUAUGUUUUUACAAGUAUAAUUUUAUCUUAUACUAAUAAUUAUACAUAAAAACGUAUUUUUCGUGUAUAUACGUAUACAAAGAUAAAGUAUAUAUUAUGCGGGUUUUAUGGAAAUGAGUUGGUUAUUUUGUUUGUUUAUGUUUAUAAUAAAAAAAAAGUGGUCGUUUUUCGAAACGACGACGACGACGACGAUAAUCAAAACGAAAAUAAUAGGGUUCCGUGUACUAAAAAAAAAAAGUAACAUGGUUUUUUUUUUUUAUUUUCAAUAUACUUACUUUGAAAACGUAUUCGGAGGCAGUUUGAUAAUUUAUGUUUUAUAGAUUUAUUUAUAAAGUUAUUAUAAUACUUAGUGGGUACAGUCUCACAAGUAUAUAGGUAUAUUAUAAUUGGUCGUAUCCCCGUAAUGCAAUGAAUAUUGUAUUUUGAUUAUACUUGGGACUUAUAGGUAACGAUUAUAUUUGUUUGUGUAUUAAGGAGGUUUUGAAUAUUAUAAAAAAACCACGACGUACCUACUUAUUAUAAAAUAUAAGAGUAGAUUAUGCUAUACUGCAUACGUUUUUUCGUAAACUAUCAAAUAUUAUUUAUGCCUACUGCAGUAUUUGGAAUCAUCAAUAGAAAAAAACCGUUUUAUUAAAUUAAUAUUGUAUAGUCCAGGGGUGGCCAAACAGUCGAUAGCAGAUGAUUUAAAUGUCGAUCUCCAUUCUGUUAGAAUUUAUUUUUAUAUAAUCAGUAGAUAAAUAACAAUUUGCUGAUCAUUUUUAUUUUAAUAUAUUAUCUUUAUAGUAAAUAAAUGUAUAAAUAAAAAUGUAUAUAUUUAUUUACGAGAAUUAAUCAUUUUCAUAAUUUUGUUUUUAUUUUAUUAUUUUAUACAUUAUCUUUAUUUUGUUGCACGUUUAUCAAAUAUGUAAUACAAUUCAACUGAGUAUAACCUGGCAAUUGUGUUUACAAUAAUGUUAUGUUAGUCUUAACAAUAGUGUGAUGAAAAACAUUAUUUAACUAUACAUUUUAAUUUUAUUAUUUCGUACGUGCAUGAUUAUUAUUAGUACCUAUUAGGUAAUUUAUAAUAGUACAUUUUUGUUAGGAAGUCGAUCCUAAAAAAAAAAAAAAAUAUGUUCUUAGUAAAUCUUUACCAAAAAAAGUUUGGCCACCCCUGUUGUAUACAAUAUACUUAAUACUGCAGUAGGCAUAGGUGUAUAUUUAUUGUACUGUAUUAUGUAUACAUCGACAGACUUUGAAUUUAUCUCAUUUGAAUUUGGAGCGUGUUAAGCCGAGUACGUUCAAGUACCUAUCGUCCUUGGAAGUUUUGGAUUUGAGUUACAAUAAACUCCAUUAUUUGCAAUUGCCUACAGCGGAAUAUUUACCGAAACUGAAGCAAAUUUGGUUGGCUGGUGAGUAAAUAUUGCAUCAGAAUACCUUAUAGAAAUCUUAUAGUAUCUUGUAGUUAAGGUUUUUAUUUUUCCAUUAUACAUGGGCAUAUAAAUAGUUUUAUAUUUUCGCAGGACACUCUUGGUUUUGUAAACAUAAUUUAUUCUGGAUGCUCCGUGUAUCGAAAGGUCUAAUGACUUUCAAAGUGAUGGAUUUUAACCGUAUGACUUGUGGAGAUCAUAAGUAUUUUGAAAACCCCGUGAUCCCCAUACUGCGGAUGUUAAGCGUACGUUAUAAUAUUAUGAUAUUAAUAUAGGCACCUAGAUAUUUUAAUAACUACACAAAUGUAAGAUAAUUUGAUAUUAUAUUAAAAAAGUUAAUGUGACAAAAAUAGAUUGGAAGUAAAAUGUAAUAUUUUUAGGAAUUCAACGUAGAGAGAAAAAAUUAUAAAAACUAGUAUAUACAAUUAGAACCAUAAAUUAAGAAUACUUAUUGUAAUUUUAAAAUACAAAUUACUACAAAUUAUUGAAUUCGUAUUAUUCUUAUUAUUUCUUAUUCUUUGUAUACUUCUUAUUAUUUAAAUUAUUGAAUUAUCGAAUGAAUCCGUGUAUUUUUACUCUUAUGACGUAUAUAUGGACAAUAGCUAAAAUAUAUGUAUUUUAAUCAGGAUUUGGAAAAAGAAUGUCCCAGCAGUCCGCCCAACAAUUGUGUCUGUACAUUGGACCAUGUGGUGAAUUACGGUAUGAGUUCAUCGUUUUCCUUGCAUCCGUUAAUAACGGUCGACUGCAGUUAUAGGGAUUUGAAAAUACUACCGAAAAUACUUCCGCACAAUACUACAACCCUCUUAGUACAAGGAAACCAGGUGAAUACUGUACAAUAUUAUAAUCUCCACAAAAUAAUAUGUGUACAUUCAGUAACUAUUAAAUUAAUAUUUUCUGUUAAUAUUCAACAUUUAAUUAACACAGAUAUCCACAGUGGACGACCUGAUUACCAAUCGUUAUUACGCGCGACUUUUGGAUAUUUAUUUAGAUUAUAAUCGGAUUAGUUCCAUAAGUAUACUAGAAGGAUCGCAAUGGUUGGCGCAGUGCAGAAUAUUGAGUAUUAAAGGAAAUAAUCUGACCAAAGUUUGUGAUCGAUUUUAAAUUUUCUCGAAAAACAAUUAUUUAGUAAAAUAUUAUUAUUUUUGAUUUAAGAUUCCGACCUACGCAUUGGACAACGCUUUCCAGCGGAAUCGUAAUAUUGGUUUAGUCUAUCUAGGCGCUAAUCCUUGGCGUUGCGAUUGUUUAUUUGCUCCUGCUUUCCAGGUAAAAUAAUAAUAUAUAUAAUAUAUAUUUUAUAAUAAUAUGAAUUUUUUUUUUUGGGCGGCGGGGUUAUUUUUAAGGACUUUUUAAUUAAAUAUAAAUCAUUCAUAGAGGACAUAACGGAUAUCAAAUGUUCAUAUCAACAAGACGACGAAUAUUAUAUGACUCCGGUAAGCGCUUUUAUUUUUAGAGAAAACACUAAAAUAGUAUUAUAUAGAGUGCUGGGUGAUUAUUGAGAUUCAUCGGGUUAGGUACUGAAUGGUUGUAAAUAAUUAUUUAUACAUAAUUUUCACGAAUUGUGAGUAUUCAUUUUUAAUAUAAGCUCUAUCUAAAUGUUAGUUACAAGUAUAUUUAAGUACAUUCGAGUUAUCUCGUAAAGAUUGAAAAUCGUUUGUAUGGAGCUAUGUGAAAUCGUAUAAUACAUAGUACCUACUCGUCGUUUUUAAUCACUUACGUGUGUAACAUUGUAAUUCAAAUUUUAAACUAUAUUUCAAAUGAACAAAUCAAAUUGUAUUGUAAAGAUACCUAUUAUACUUGUGAAUCCUUCGCGACGAUACUGUAUAUUAUAUCCGUCUGUGUUGUAAAAUUUAAUAGGAUUCCGAGACGACACGGCCGAUAAAUGGGCGUAGUACGUAGUACCUACUGCGCAUUACGUAAUGUCGUGAGUUCGGAUCUCCGCUGUCACUGGCGGUUUCUUUCGUUGGACAGGUGACCCGACCAAGACAAGAAAGUCCUCUACCCUGUAAUUCUCUUGUUCCCACCUACUCUCCAUCGUAUGCUCACAGACAACCCGAGUUCCAAAACUUGUGUCUGGUCAGCGUUAAGUUGGUAGCUAUAUAAUAUGCGAACCGUAAUCCGAAAUCCGUCCGGACAAAAACGUCCGAAACACGACCCGUCGGAGGAAAACGUGAGAAAAAAAAAAUUUAGAUUUAUGUUACAGCGGGGGUAAUAAGGUCCUUAGACGUUUUCAAUUGAAUUUACGCGAUGCAUACAGGUUUUAUGUACUUAAAUUAUAAAACAACAGAUUACUGUAUACUUAUGUGGAAAGUGAAGGGAAAUUUGAAAAAAAAAAAGAGUACAUAAAAAAUCGUAUUUUUACAAAAGUAAUGGUGAUUAUAUUAUACUAUUACGAUUCUAAUCACCCUAUAUACAAUAAUAAUAUACUCGUAUUAUACAAUACUUUGUAAUCGAAUUUCAUCAGUAUGGGUACCUAGGUAUACUUUAAUAUUUACGACAAAUGUAUUUUAAUCUUAGUCGGUUGUAUACAAUAUGUUUUAGAUUCGUGAUUUACCGCGGAACACGUUGUGUAGGACUUCGACGACGGACAUGGUGAAUUAUUGGGACAGUUUGAACGUAUUGCUGGCAUUUCUAAUAGUCGUCUUGAUUUUGAAGUUUAUUUACGAUUACGUGCUGUAUAAAAAAUACGGUACACUACCUCGAAUUACUAUAUUGUUCCCUUAAAAGCUGCUGUUUGAAUAAAUGUACGGUUUUAACGAGAAUGGCCGUUAUAAAUUAAUUUUGGGCCAAUUUUAGUCUAUAUUAUACUGCUUCGAUGUAAAAUUUCAAACCGCGUUAUACGGUGCCAUUGCAAUUUACAUAAUAACAUGUAGGUUAUGUAGGUUAGUUAGCUAAAUGUUUUAAUGAAAUAUGUUUUGUAAUAAGUGUCUUCUUUGGGGAUUUUUUUUUUUUUUAAAUGAUAAAUGAUCGUACAAUUUCAAGUUGAAAUGAUAAAGGGCUUCAGUUCACGGGUUAAAUGUGAAGGGUCUUAAGUAGUUUUUUGACUCUCCUUCUGUAAAGUAGCAUGUUUUUGACUUUGAUGAUUUUGCCAUUUCUCUUAAAAACCGUCCAAUUAUUAUAGUGGUAGGUUAAACAAUGUAUUCGAGUGUAUUAAAUUUGAAUAGCUAAUAUAGAUUUUUGUUUCGAUUCUAACGGGAAUAUUAAUAGUAGUACCUACACAUAUAAUUCUCAUUCAAAAAAUAUACAACCCACGUAAGCAUUUUACACGGUGUAAUUAGUACGGAGAAACACGUGGCGGUCAGUAUGAUGGUUACACAACGGUUUAAUUAAUAUUUUCCAUUCCGAUGGAGUUAGAAUUUCGAUGACAACGAUUGUUUUUACAAAAUUAAUUUAACACAAUUUGUUUUUCGAUGUACCGAUGAUUGAAAAAAAUAAAAAUAAAACUACAUACAAAAUUGAAACUGAGUAUUAUUUUUAUUUUUAUUUUUUUUUUUUGGUUAUAUUUUUAAUUUAAAUUUUUAUUUACUUGACUUUUUUGCCGUUCAACUCACUAGUCAGCAUAACCGGCUCGGUGUAUAAUUUGUAAAAAAUCGGAAUAUUAUAAUAAACGUCUGGUCAACAAAAUAAAAAAAAAAAACAUGAAAGCUUUGCUCAGUUAUUGUAUCAAAAAAUGUAAAAGUUAAAAAUAAAAUUCGAACAACAUA